AUGUCCGCUAUGUGUGCCGGCGGACGCGGCUCAAAUGGAGCGGACGCGGCCGACACCCGGCCAGAUGAGAAAGCCGGGCGCUUCUUGCACGUGCCGCGGCGCGCGCGCCAACUCGCCGGGCCGGGUUCUAGCCCGACCUCGACAAGGACGGUCCGAUUCUGGCUACCCGACGUUCUAGGUUGGCUUUUUGUCGCCAAGCGGAGGUCGCCCCGCUCGCUUCCAACUAGCCGAUGCUAUCGAGACUGUUGUCGCGCCGAAAAGGGGAUACACAAACACACU